AUGGUUUUACUGGAGUGGCUGCUGCACAUGCAGCCACAGGAGAGAGCCGAGUGCCAGGGAGACACCAAAGGUGGAUGGGCAGCCCUGAAAAGGCCUUGGCAAGUCCUGACAUCAGAGGUGCUAGCCCUGUUCAACCGUAUUUCACUUGGUGAUCACAUUAAUUCCCAUGGCCGUAGUCAUCAGCUCCAUGAAGACGAUUCUCAGAUUGAUCUGUCCAGCCGAAAGUUCAAGCUUCUGGAGCAGGCUCGAGACGUUCGGGAGCCAGUACAGUAUUUCAGCAGCAUUGAGGAGGUAGCCAGUGUCUUUCCUGACCGCAUCUUUGUGAUGGAGGCUAUCACCUUCAGCGUCAAGGUGGUGUCUGGGGAGUUCAGUGAGGACAGUGAGGUCUACAACUUCACCCUGCAUGCGGGUGAUGAACUCACCCUCAUGGGCCAGGCUGAAAUCCUUUGUGGGAAGACCCCGAAGGAACGUUCCCGCUUCACCACCAUCCUCCGAAAACUGGGCCGGGCUGGGUCCUUGGCAGGGUCCCUGGCAGGGAUAGGGAGCAUCGGCGGUGGCCUGGGCACUAGUGGAGCAGCGGGCACCAUCAAGCCCAUUAAAGGCAAGAUGCCCUGCCUCAUCUGUAUGAACCACCGCACCAACGAGAGCCUGAGCCUGCCCUUUCAGUGCCGGGGCCGGUUCAGUACCCGGAGCCCCCUGGAGCUGCAGAUGCAGGAGGGUGAGCACACCGUGCGGGCCAUCAUUGAGAAGGUCCGGCUACCUGUCAACGUGCUCGUGCCCAGCCGGCCUCCCUGUAACCCGUAUGAUCUGCACCCUGUGCGGGAGGGCCACUGCUACAAGCUGGUCAGCAUCAUCUCCAAGACCGUGGUGCUGGGGCUGGCCUUGCGCAGGGAGGGCCCGACCCCCUUGCAUUUCCUGCUGCUCACUGACAUGCCCCGAUUCACCCUGCCCCAGGGGCUGCUGGUUGGUGAUCCCCAGGUGGAACAGCUGGUGAGGGACAGUGCUUCCUACUGCCAUGAGCGCUUCGACCCAGACGAGUACUCCAAAGCAGUCCGGGAAGCCCCUGGAGACCUGGCAGAGGAAUGUGCCAGCCCCCGGAGGGCAAGGCUCUGUUUGCAGGGCCCCAGGCCUGAGGCACUGCCCCAGCUCUCUCUCUGCCUUUACCCCCCCGCUGGGGAGGGUGAGCAGGAAUACAUGAGUCCAGACUGGGCCAGCUUAUCAGACCCUGGCCCUCCAGUGGAGAUCCCCUAUGAGGAGCUGUGGACACACCAGGCAACCGAGAACCACCCAGAGGGUGGAGGCAGAGGCAGAGGCAGGCAACCACCCUCAGGACUUAGACAGCCUGACCUCAUCUCUUUUGCUGGGACUGCCCAUCUGGAAACGGAGGUUCCCCCACCCCCUGUCCCUCCCAAAUCAGAGGCGGUCAAGGAAGAGUGUCGUCUACUCAAUGCUCCACCAGUACCACCACGGGGCGGCCGGCCCCCAGGCAGUCCUCCUAUCCCACCUCGCUUUCCCAAGCUUCAGCCUGCUCACUCCCCUAGUCCUGGCCUCUCCUAUUACUCUUCUGGCCUACAUGAUGGAUCUGGCUCUCGGAGUGGCAGCUGUUCCCCAUCCCCAGAUUCAUACUCUCUAUACUGUUACCCCUGUACCUGGGGUGACUGCAAGGUGGGUGACUGCUCCAGUCGCCCACUUCCAGGCCCCCUACCCUCUACAACACAGCCCAGCCAGGCCUCCUGGGCCUAUCCUGAGCCUGGAAACAGCCGAUCUACACCACUACUUAGGGGUGAGACCCCCAACAAGACAUACCACAGCUGUCCCCCUCCUCCUAAGCCUUCACACCCUCAGAAACGCUUUGCUCCGUUUGGGGCCCUCAAUCCAUUUGCUGGUCCCUCCUAUUCCUCAGGUCCUGCCUCCUCCUCCUCCUCUUCUUCCUCUGGUCCCACUUCUACCCCUGGCCCCACUUCAUCCUCAAGCCCUACUUAUUCUCCAGGUCCUGUCUCCUCCAGUCAGGCCUACUCAUCUGGCUCCCCCUCCUGCCCCACCUCCUCCUCUUCAUCCUCUGAGUGGCAGGAAACAGCCCUGGAACCCUUUGACCCCUUUGAAGUGAGGCAGGGCAGCUCCCCAGAACCAGAGCUGCUACGGUAUCAGGAGCCUAGAGCAGUGGGCAAGCCUGGGCCCUUGUCACCCCUCUGUCCCACCAAGGCCUUUGAGCCAGAUGGCCUGAUGUUUCGGCGGAUGCCCACCCCAUUGUCCCCUACUGUCUUACAGGGACCAGAGGGAGGCGGGGCACGGCUCUACCUCACCCAGGGGCGCCUGGAUGUGCCUCCUCUUAGCCCACGGGAAGGGGUGGUGGGCCGGGUUGGCAGGGACAACACCCCUUGGCAGCCCCCAGCUGAUCUCUCUGCACUCUCGCUGGAGGAAGUCUCUCGGAGUCUGCGCUUCAUUGGCCUCUCAGAGGAUGUGGUGAGCUUCUUCUCUAGGGAGCGCAUAGACGGCAGUAUCUUUGUACAGCUCAGUGAGGACAUCCUGGCUGAUGACUUCCACCUCACCAAGCUGCAGGUCAAGAAGAUCAUGCAGUUCAUCAAGGGUUGGAGGCCCAAGAUCUGAGCAGCCUGUCCUAAGGCCAGACAGUAAGAAUGUUUUGGGGCCUCUUAGGGGCAUGAAAGGAGCUCUCCCUAAAGUUGCUCCAGGUACCAGAUCCCCAAGGACCUAGAUUCUAGUGAGGCAGUGCCACAAAGAUCUAGUGCUCCGCAGAGCUGGUUGUGGAUUCUACCACUGAGACGUUAGCACAAUUUCCCUCCUUUAGAGACUUCACAUGGAGAAGCAACAAAUGGUAUUAACACAAAUGUGCAGACCAGCAUGGCUUUGUCCUCCCCUCAGAGCCCAACACUGCUCAGUAGAGUGAUGUAACAGGCUUCCCAGAUCUUUCCCACCUCUGGGAGGCCCUUUUCCAUUAUCCAAACUCCUAAAGUAAGAAAAGUGGAGACAAGGGGAGAAAGAUGGCCAUCUUGCACUCAAGCACCAGGCUUUCCAAUGUACUUCUUGGUAUUCAGCCUG